GAAGACUUUUCCUAUUCUCUUUUCUUCCGGAUUUCUAGGCCCGGCAGUCGACUGAGACGCUUGAGGGGCAGCGGGGCUUUGGGACCAGGCUCUGACAUUUGGGGUGCAAGAAUAUGUCUCAAUCGGGUGAAAAAGUCAAGUUUUCUGACUCUGCUGGAUACGUGGGCUUUGCCAAUCUCCCCAACCAAGUUCACAGGAAGUCCGUCAAGAAGGGCUUUGAGUUCACUCUAAUGGUGGUUGGUGAAUCUGGCUUGGGAAAAUCCACUUUAAUUAACAGUUUAUUCCUGACGGAUCUCUAUCCUGAACGUUACAUUCCUGGAGCUGCAGAAAAAAUAGAGAGAACGGUCCAAAUUGAAGCUUCCACCGUAGAGAUAGAGGAGCGAGGGGUGAAACUACGUCUCACCGUUGUAGACACUCCGGGAUAUGGCGAUGCCAUUAAUAGCCAGGAUUGUUUCAAGACAAUCAUCCAUUACAUUGACAACCAGUUUGAAAGAUAUCUGCAUGACGAGAGCGGCCUGAACAGGCGCCACAUUGUAGACAACAGAGUUCAUUGCUGCUUUUACUUCAUAUCCCCCUUCGGACAUGGGCUGAAGCCCUUGGACGUAGAAUUCAUGAAAGCCCUUCAUGGCAAAGUCAACAUUGUCCCCGUGAUUGCCAAGGCGGACACUUUGACGCUGAAGGAGAGAGAGAGGCUGAAGAGACGGGUUUUAGAUGAGAUUUCUGAGCAUGGCAUAAGGAUUUACCAGUUACCUGAUGCUGAUUCUGAUGAGGAUGAAGAAUUCAAAGAACAGACCAGAGUCCUGAAGGCUAGCAUUCCUUUUGCUGUGAUUGGGUCCAACCAACUGAUUGAAGUGAAAGGAAAAAAGAUCAGAGGUCGCCUGUACCCCUGGGGAGUAGUGGAAGUCGAGAACCCAGAACACAAUGACUUCUUGAAGCUGCGUACCAUGCUGGUGACACACAUGCAGGACCUUCAAGAAGUAACCCAAGAUUUGCACUAUGAAAACUUCCGGUCAGAGAGACUAAAACGCACUGGCAAGCCUGUGGAGGAAGAAGUGGUGGACAAGGAUAGGAUCCUUCAACAGAAGGAAGCAGAGUUGCGUCGGAUGCAGGAGAUGAUUGCCAAGAUGCAAGCCCAAAUGAGGAUGAAACCUGGCGACGAAUGAGACGCUAUCCAGGCCGUUGACAGUAGCGGUUCCUCGAAGUUCCUAAAAAUGGCUCCGUGCUUUAUUCGAAUCCGAACGAUAACACUAGUGAAUACGAAUGGAUCAUGCAUGUAUGCAUGCUGGAUGCUAGAAGAUGCAACCCAAAGUCUUGAAGACGUGUUGGAAAACGGCUUCGCCUUCUCUCUCCUUUGAUAUAUACCUCUUCUUAAUCAUGUUCCUGAUAUCUCCUUUUCACCCCUCUUGGCAAUGAUGUCCUCAUACUUAUAAUGCGAGACUUAUUUCCCUUACUUUCUCAUUGUUUUUUAUCCAAAAGUUAAUAAUAUGCCAUCCUAUAUGUAGUAGGCUUUGAGAGUAUGUUGACGAACCGUGUUUUUUCAGCUGGGAUGAUCCUUGAUACUUUUGUAACUUUCUUACUUACUUAAAAGACUUGGUGAAUUGUUUACCAUAAAUAUGUGUCAUUUGCACCCUAUCUGAGCUACAUUUUGGGCUGGAAACAUAGCACACCUUGUCACUACUAUAUGGUGUUCUUUUCUCAUGGUUUGUUUUUUUUUAAAAAAAUGUUUGUCUCUGUAGGCUAUUCUUUGGCUUUCUGGGGUAUAAUUCUCUCUGGUGCUUCAAUAAUAAUAAUAAUAAUAAUAAUAAUAAUAAUAAUAAUAAUGGUACAGAAUACUAAAGCUACAUCACGUCCAUGAUGGGAGAGGAUCAGACAUCUUUUUAUCCACGAUGCCUUAAAUCAUGGAAAUGGUCCUACAUGCCAAAUAUCCUCAGAGGCCUCUUGAAAGAUCCAUCUUGAAUUUUCAGGGAUUAAAUUAGCGACGGUUUCUAUUGGAGCCUUUUUUUUUUUUUGGUUUCCCUCGGUUGAGAGAACAAUGGUAUGUACUCAAAACAUUUUAUAAUGUAUCAUGACACUAACUGUCCUUAGUUUUGUAAUAAAUCAGAUAGACGUAAUAAAAUAGC